GCUACACCAACUCGAGUAAUCAACGGUGUUUGCGGUGUUGCAUGUCUCGAGACUCUCACGAUGCAUGACACGGGUGUGCUUUCCCAGGCCCAGGUCAAUCGAUUCUGUCGUCAAUUCUUGCAACUAGAGCGAGAUCUUGAUUACCCAGAAGGACCAGUCCUACGCCAGGAGGGCACACAGAAAGCCAUAUACGAGCAACUGUUCUCUCCUGACGGCCCCAGCUACUCCCCGCCAGUAAGGUACCAGCUCAGGGUCCUGAAAGAGUUGGUACAGAGGGUUGAAUCCAGCAUUGAGGACUGGGACACCCAUGGCGUCUCCGAGGAUCUCAUGGAUGCACUUGCGGAACUGCUCGCCUCUCCCAUCCCUCCAGAGACGUUUGGCGCCCAGCAAAAGUCCUAUGUGACAUAUCAUCUGUCCGAGCUCACACAGACGGCGACUUCCCAAGAGGCUGCAAAUCCAGAGAUCACACUCCUGGAGGCCCGAUCAUUGAUCUCGGCCUCUGGGACUACUGGCCUUCGUACGUGGGAGGCAGCGCUUCAUCUGGGCCAGUAUUUUUGCGCCAACCCAGAACUAAUUCGCGGCAAGCGUGUGCUAGAGCUCGGUGCUGGCACCGGCUAUCUGGCCAUUUUAUGUGCGAAGCACCUCUGUGCGGCACAGGUCAUUGCCUCUGACGGGUCUGACGAUGUCAUCAACAACUUGCCAGAGUCUUUCUUCCUGAACGACCUGCAAGACAGCCCGAUAAUCACUCCGAUGGAUCUCAAAUGGGGCCACGCACUUGUCGGCACGGAGGACCAACAGUGGAACCACGGCAUUCCUCUCGACGUUGUUUUUGGCGCAGAUAUCACGUAUGAUCAGAGCAUCAUACCACCGUUGAUCGGAACCAUUGAGGAGCUUUUCGGCAUGUUUCCUCAGGUCGAGGUCCUCAUCUCGGCAACGGAACGCAACGAGGCCACUUUCAAUGCUUUUCAGAGUCGUUGCCGCGAUGCAGGCAUGGAGUUGCAUGAGCUGUCCUUCCCGAUAGCACCCGAAGCCGAGCAGGCCGGCCCGUUCUACAGCGACGCUGUGCCUAUUCGAAUUUGUAGGAUACGAAAAUCAUGAAUGCCAGGCGAUACUACAGCAACUGUCAACAUUACUGCUCAAUUACGCCAGCUCCCUGUCCCGAAAUGGACAGAGCCAUGAACGAGACGCGAGGCCAAUGGUAGCAAACUUUGCUCCUACAGAUAACAUUUUUUUCUAAUUCGCCAUAGGCCCUCACUUCGAAGAGCUGUUUGCAACGAUCAAUCUGUAGUUUGUCAUCAUUGUGUCAUGUUCGCUCCAGCCAUUUGCCAACUUGUCCUCUGAUGCGCACCACGGACCCCCAUGUUGAACCCACGAGAAGUAUACCUCAGGAGACUACCUCGCGAAGUAUCAUUGUAGUCUCCCCAUUUCAUGUUGGCAACACCACCUCUUGUCUCGGAUGGCCUGGACCUACAGACGGGAACGACUAGCUAGCCAAGUCGCAAAACCGGAUUUUGCAAGUUGAUUGAGCUUCACUCAAACGCUGAACUCGUCAAGCCCAUCAUCAC